UCACAAAACAUUGUUGUUUUGUGCUAACAGCUGUGGUUCCUUCGUCAACAUAAAAUUAACCUGGACUGGAGCUGAACUAACACGUUUUAUAUAAGUGAAGAUUAUAUGGUUACCCUUUCGUUACCUAUUUGCUUAACAAGAACUUUAUCAGCUGUGUUCAGUGUUCCUUUAGACUUCUCAUGGAGGGAAAAUCGGAAGGCGACGUAAAACUGAAAAUAAAGGAUCAUGAUCAAAAACUUCGACUCGUGCGUUGCAUGGACUGGCUUCAAAAUCAAAACAAUCUCGAGUCAAAAACUGUGCCUAAUAAAAAUGAUAUAGAGUUUAUUAUAAGGACGAAUGCUGAUCGUAAAAAGUUUUUGCUAUCUGCUGCUGAUGAUAAUGCCACUGUACCCACUGGAGUUGAGGAAUCUGUAGUGGAGCCUAAAGUUGUGCCAUUAAAGAAGCUGCGAGUUGAAAACUUGCGUUAUGAAUGCGAGUGGCAGUCCUGCCGUAGUGUCUUUGAUAAUUAUGACCACUUUCAAUCUCAUGUGCGUAAACAUACAUCAGAUUUACAUGUGAUUGGCAAAGAAGAAUGUGUGGAAUAUGUUUGCCUGUGGGACAUUUGUGGGCACAAAACCUCGGACUUCCAAGAGAUGGUCAGACAUCUUAACUACCACGCCUAUCAUGCCCGCUUGAUGGCUAUAGGUUUCAACGCGCGGGCGACAUUGAAGUUAGUGCGAUGUCGUAAAGAUUCCACAAAACGAAAUCAACUUCCUCCAUUGAAAUGCCCACAUACUUGCUUGUGGUUUGGGUGUAAGGAAUCUUUUGACUCUAUACAGGCACUUUUCGACCAUGUUCUAUGCAUACACAUCCGUUACUCAGAGAACUUGCUUUGCUCGUGGGCGGGGUGCGGUGCGACGUUUCCUCGUAGACCAACACUGCUUCUGCAUGUACGUUCACACACGGGCGAGAGGCUUAUAGCGUGCUUCCACUGCGGGCAACACUUCGCGUGCAAUAGGAAACUGUGCGAUCAUCUGAGAAGACAGAACGUGUGCCCGAACACGACGCUGACGUGCUCUGUGUGCGGCGCGGCGCACGCCAGCGAGUACCUGCUGCGGCUGCACGCGCGCCAGCACAUCUCGGCGUACGCGUGCGCGCUGUGCGACAUGUCGGCGCCGUCCGCCGCCGCGCUGGCGCAGCACGCGCGCUACCGCCACCUGCCCGCCGCGCACGGCCGCACGCACGCCUGCCCGCACUGCGAGUACAAGGCAGUAAUGAAAUGGGACCUAAAGAAGCACAUAGAAACGCACACACGCAAGAGACGUCGCGAGAAAAAAGCCAAAGGCAGCGAGUCUAUGUCUGAUGAUUCCGAAGAGGAAAUUAAGAAGAAGCCCAAAGUGGCGAAGAAGUACGCUUGUCACAUGUGCCCCAAGGAGACGAUGAAGAUUUUCUCAAGGGGCGAGAGGCUGACGACGCAUUUGGUUAAAGUUCAUGGUGCGCAGUGGCCUUUCGGACAUAGCAGGUUUAGAUACCAAAUAAGCGAGGACGGUAUGUACAGACUUACGACGACAAGAUACGAGUUUCUAGACGUUUCAGAGAAGAUUGUGGACGGAUACAGUGGCCCGAAGGAGUCGUUGCAAAACAAUUUGGAAUUCAAAGUCAAGGAAAUCGCCGAAGCAACGGAAACUACGCCUAAACGUAUCGAAAUAACUUUGAAAAAUAGCGAAGAAAAUGGCGGUAGUGAAUGCGAGGGGAAAAUGAAAUUUGAACCUGAAGACGAUAAGAAUGCGGUCGAGAUUACAAUGUGCGACGUCGACGAAGAUGGCAAUAUUAUUAGUUCCAAAGUCAUCAAUCGUCAUUACUCCAAUUUAAUAGCGGAAUAAAUAUUUUGAAAAUUAGCCUUCAUAAUAAUAAUGGUCGAGCUUGCAUGAAGUGAGUUAUGAAUGUGAAUGAAGCGAAAGAAUUAUGCAAGUGGAUGUGUGCGUGGCAAGUGGAUAGAUGUAGAUGAUGUAAGAUGCGUGAUUUUAUUUAUGUG